UUCAGCUCAGGAUUCCUGAACUAGUUGUGUGACUUUCCAGAGGAUGCUUCAGUCACUGAAAAAUGUCAGACAGUUUGCCAUGUCAGCAAUGAAACAAUCAGUAUGAGUGUAUCUGAGUUUUUUGCAGUGCCGGUGACGGAGUUCAGGAUGCCGGUGCCCUGGGGUGAGAUGAGAGGCCGAGUCUGGGGACCUGAACACGGUCGUCCUGUGCUCUGCAUUCACGGCUGGUCCGACAACAGCGGCUCCUUUAACAAUCUCAUCCCACUGCUGCCAGCUGAUUGGAGGUGUGUGGCAGUAGAUUUACCUGGUCAUGGCUUGUCCUCUCACAGACCUGCAGGGGUUUUAUACACGUUUCCUACCUAUGUUGCAGACGUUCGACGCGUCAUUGAAGCUCUGCAGUGGAAACGCUUCUCUAUAAUCGGACACAGUAUGGGUGGAAAUAUCAGUGGAAUGUUGUGUACGCUGUAUCCAGAUAUGGUGGAGGCGUUAGUGCUCCUGGACUCCUAUGGAUUUCUUCCAGUAGAUGUGAAACGAAUGGGCAGGAUUAUGCGCAGAGGGAUUGAGGAAACGUUGGAGUAUGAAAAGAAAUUGCAGGAGAGAAAAGAAAGGAUCUACACCUAUGAGAAGGCCAAAGAGAGACUGAAAGCAGCGAAUCAAUAUCUCUCAGACAAGUCAAUAGAGAUUCUUCUAGAGCGAGGAGCCCAGGAGGUGGAUGGAGGUGUGGUGUUCACCAGAGACGUCAGAAUAAACCUGACUAACAUCAUUCGGAAUACACUGGAGCAGUCUCUAGAGAUGCAGUCACAGAUAACCGCUAAAGUGUUAGUGCUGCGAGCGAGUCAUGGUUUACAGAAGACUUUCCCCCAACCUGAGGAGAUAGCGGUUCCUUUACUAAAGGGCUGGUCAGGAGAAAGAAACACCAUUGUGACAGUGGAAGGAGAUCAUCAUGUGCAUCUAAACAACCCCGAGCGUGUAGCACCCAUCAUCACUGACUUCCUGCUUUCCCAGACGUCUCAACAGAUGGCUAAGGAAUCUGGCGUCGAUCACUCUGCUAAAUUAUAAAACCUUUCAUCCACAGGCAUACUUGUAUGGACUUUUAACAUUGUCAGAGAUGCACAUAAUUACCAUAGCUGGGAUUUAAUUCUAGUAACGGAACUCAUUUUGUUCCUGCUAAUUACUUUAUUAUUUUGUUGUUCUAGUUUUGAUGAGUGCGUGUAGGUCAAGUUGGGACAGUGGGGUAACAGGGAGGGGGUAGAAAUGCAAUUCUAAACUAAUAUAACUAGUGUGUAACGGUAUAUUCAAUCAUUUCUGUCCCAUCCGAACUAAUGCUACAUAUUUUAAAACUCAUGAUCCCUUUCUGCAGUGUUCCUUCCACAAAGAUACACACUCUAGGUCAGUUUUCUCACUUUGCCACCAAUGUGAGUGACAGGUAGUUAGAGAUACCUCAUCUAUGUCAAUGGUUGGACUUUGGUGGUCUGUAUGAUUUAUUGUUUUGCACCUUUACAGCCUUUAAAAGCUAUUCAAUUAA